AAAAUGGGUGAGUUCACUAUUAAUAAUUUUAAUACAUAUAAAGGGACUUUAGAAAAAAUCUUAAUAACCUUAACAAGUUUUUGUUUUGGCGCGCGCAGCCAUAUUGCGCGGAACAGCUGUUGCGAGAGCAGCUCUUGAUUUUAGAGUGCUUGUUUUCGUCUUUUCAUUGACAAAAAAAUGUAUCCUAACCCAAUGUUUAAUGUUGAAUAAUGAAAGUGUUCGUGUAAAGUUUAUGAUUGAAAAUGUCUGUGUUGUGACGCGUGAUCCAAAAAUCGACCAUGGCUAGUAGCAUUCAUAAUUACGGCGUCGAAGUGUCGGCUGAAGAAAAGGAAUUUCAAAAUGUUUGGAAUAGAUUUUCGGAAUGGUUGCAUUGUAUAUGUGUAGUAACAUUCGACUUAGAGCUUGGUCAAGCAAUGGAAAGUGUCUUCCCACCCGGAGUACCGUUGACUGAUCAAGAAAAAUGCAAUAUUUGUUAUUUGGCGUUUCCGGAUUCCAAUUCAGGAUGUAUGGGGGACACCCAGUUUCAUGUGCGGCUUCGCUCAUUCAUGUCCUUGACACCACAACAACUUGCAUACAACGAAGAUAGCGUGCCCACACUUCGCGCUGAUUUAACACAUUACUGGGGCUUCGUCUACUUUAGACAGGUCAAGGACUCUUCGUUACCAAGAGGUUACUUCCAAAAGAGCAUAAUCCUGCUGAGCCGACUGCCUUUCAUCAAUUUGUUCUACAAAGUUAUUCAACUCAUAGCUCCAAAACACUUCGAAGAUGGUGAAAGUAGCUUGGAAGCUGCCUGUCAUGAUAUAAAUAGAUGGCCUUCAUUGAAGGCGGGCCAAAAUGUACUGCUGCCAGUGUUGGGCACUGUGUUUCAGUCAUACAUUCCUAAUCAACAAACUGGAAAAAUUGUAAGGUCAGACAUUGCAGAACAAAUUCAAUCACACAAUGUACCUCAUGUUGUUGCCUCUUUACAGGAUGUUAAUGUUUUUGAUGCCUUAUCUAGCUUAAUCUCACAUUUACAUUUACUGUGGGAAUUGGUUUUGACUGCUGAGCCAAUUGUAGUGAUGGCUAGCUCGCCAACCGAAUGCUCUGCGUUGGUCCAAGCAUUGACAAAUUUAAUCCAACCUCUCCCAUAUUCAGCAGAGUAUAGACCAUAUUUCACAAUACAUGACAGUGAAUUCAGAGAGUUCACAAGGAAACAAUUCAACCCCCCCUGUGUAAUACUGGGUGUGACUAAUCCAUUCUUCACAAAAACACUGCAACACUGGCCCCACACCAUAAAACUUGGUGACGUCACUUCUAUAAAAACGAAGCUGAAAAAAAUUGGUAACUUGAAACUACUUGACACUGCUCCAGGUGUAUACACUCAGUACAAAGCAUUCUUAGAAAAAGAUAAAGCAAUUAUAAAAAAACUUCACAACGGAAUCCGUACUGAAAGGCCUUCGGAAGUUCAGACUGCAAUGGUCAAAAGACAUCUACUAGAACUGACUCAAAGCUUUAUGAUUCCUCUAGAGAGGUAUAUGGCAUCACUCAUGCCAUUACAGAAAAACAUUUCACCAUUUAGAGCACCUCCUAUACCCAAUCCGUUCAACCCGGAAGACUUCUUUGCUAUGUUACAGCAAUCAGGACCUCAAUUAACGACUGGCAUUAAAGGUGACUGGAUAGGAUUGUACAGAAACUUUUUCAAAACCCCAAACUUCAGUGCUUGGUUUCACGAGAGACACAAUAAUUUGACAAACAAGCUACAAGCACUGCAGCUUGAAGCUUUAGCUGGUAGUGACCUGAAGCAAUGGUCUAAAGGGAAGAAAGAAAUUGAAAUUGUUGAUAUGGUCCUCAAACUCAGGGAGGUGUUGAAAAGUAGUCCCCCAGUGCCUGACAAUACAAAGACGUUGUUGGCAAGACGUCUUGAUGAUCUGAACUGUGUUUUGCCUGAUGACAUGAAAUCUAUAUUGAAUGCAGCCUCGUGACAUAGACACUGCUGCGCCUCGGAGCUGAGAGGUUGCAGCAAUGACUGCAAAAUUCAGUUUGAAAACUUACAGUCAGUUAAAUGUGUAUGAAAAUUAUGAAAAGAUGCAUGUUACUAUAGAUAGAUAGAUUUUAUUAUCUUUUGAGAAUCCAGUAUCAAGUUCAUUGCAUAAUAUUGUUCAUGCUGCUCCAUUUACACAGGUAUCAAUAUUCUAUAAUUUUUUAAGAGGGUAAGUAAAUUAAAAACACAACAGUAAUCUGAAUUAUGAUGAAAAUUAUUAUGGCCAUAGUUUUUUCUAGAACAAACAAUAGUCUACACAAUCAUGCGGUAUGACAAUAACAAUGGGGCAGCAUGUUACAUGAUACUGGAUUAUUAUAUUGAUUCGAAUAUUGAUAUUAAUGAAAUCUAGAAUAAGUUUAAAAUAUGUUUGUUAAUGAGCACUUGAAUGUUUAUGUUAGUCUGACUCUGGCAAUGAUAUCAUCAAACUAAAAAUAUAGAAAGAGGAAGACUUGAUCAUGUUAAGAACUGCAACUAUACAUAUAUAUAUUUUUUUUAUAUAUUAUCUUAUCUUUAGUAUAGUAAACAUUAAAGGUUAUUAAAAUUUGUUCUUAAGUGAUAUCAUUUGAGAUUCAGAACUGUUAGUAUAUAUAAACUGUUAGAGAAAAAAUUAAGAUUUUCUUUAUUCUAUGCGUGGUCACGCGUUGUUUUGUCAAACUCACUUGUGACUACUUUAUUUUUCUGGAAGGAUUCGAAAAUAACAUCAUCGGCGCAUUAGAGGUCGCGCGCAAAUAGUUUUGACAAAAUAAAGAUUAGCGAAGGAA